AUGGGAUUCACCGAGCUGCACCGCCGGCGCAGGCUCUUGGAGCUGCUCAAAGACCAUGUCAAUAUCGCGCCCAACGGUAUGAUGUACGCGACAGCCACCAUCCGCAAAUCACUGCUCGCCAAGAUGCUCACCGAGAUCCUGGAGACGCGCUUCAUGGUCAAGUCGGGCAUGAAGCAGGACAAGGGCGACCGGAGGCUCCAGAGGCUCCUGAACAACAGGCAGCUGGCGCUGAAGCUCCUGGCCAACGUCACGUACGGGUACACCUCGGCAUCGUACUCGGGCCGGAUGCCGUGCGCCGAGAUCGCGGAUAGCAUCGUCCAGACGGGGCGCGAAACGCUCGAGAAGGCCAUUGCGUACAUCCACUCGAGGGGAGACUGGAACGCCGAAGUGGUGUAUGGCGACACCGACAGUCUGUUUGUGUCACUAAAGGGCCGCACAAAGGACCAAGCCUUUGACAUUGGCGCCGAGAUCGCCCAGGCCAUCACGGACAUGAACCCACGGCCCAUCAAGCUCAAGUUCGAAAAGGUCUACUUCCCCUGCGUGCUCUUGGCGAAGAAGCGGUACGUAGGGUACAAGUACGAGUCCAAAGAUCAAGUCGAGCCCGAGUUUGACGCCAAGGGUAUCGAGACGGACGCCCGGGCCGAACCGCAAUACGGCGAGCGCGUCCCCUACGUCGUCGCCACGGGCGCGCCGGGAGCCCGGCUCAUCGACCGCUGCAUCGCGCCCGAGGACCUGCUGCAAAACUCGCACGUGACGCUCGACGCCGAGUACUACAUUACCAAGAACAUCACGCCGCCGCUCGACCGCAUCUUCCACCUUGUGGGGCCAGCGCCCGCCAGUGACCCGGGCCGCCGACGAGCCCCUCUGCGAUCCCUGCCGGUCCAACGUCCCGGCCUCCGUGGGCGCGCUCAGGACCAGGCUGGCCAGGCUGGAGAGGAGCGUGGUGGACGUGGAUUCGGUGUGCAGGUCUUGCGCCGGACUGGGCCCCUCGAGGAGGUGCUGUGCGAUAGCAAGGACUGCCCGGUGUACUAUACGCGGGUGAAGGAAGGCGUGAAGCUGAGAUCGGAGCAGGCCACCGUGAAUCCUAUUAUUGAAAAGUUGCUAGACACUCCUUCUCGACUAGAGUGGUAA